AUGAAAAAGCCAUCUACAAUCGACGCAUUCUUUAAAAGGAAGAGCACAGAAGUUCCAAUAUCUAAUGACUCAUCCAAUCAACCAGCAGAUCUUGAUAACUUACAUCCAGAAUAUCGUAUUGAAAAGUCUGUAAAAAUUCAAAUUAUAGAAGGGUUUGAUAUCAAUUCAUUAGAGCGAGAUCCAGGAUUACGACCACAAAUAUGGGAGUAUCCAAUUGAGAAGCAAGAUGAAGUUCGCAGAGCAUGCAUUUACUAUCAAAGGAUUUCGGUCAUGGAAAAAAGUGAGGGAUGGCGUAAUUGCUCAUUUUUGGCACAUAUCGGAAAAGAUCUCACUUCACCACAUAGGAAUGCUGAGAAAGCUUGUGCAGAUCUUAUGAACCAAUCAACGCAUGUUGCAAGAAAGUUUGCAAACUUUACAUCGAAAGAAAUUGUUGAAAAUAGACUUCGCUUGAAGCUUUCAAUUGAGUCAAUUAGGUGGCUCGCAUUUCAAGGGUGCUCUUUUAGAGGUCGCGAUGAGUCCAAAACAUCAAGCAAUCGAGGGAACUUUCUUGAAUUAUUGAGUUUUAUAGCUUCUUAUAAUGAUAAAGCAGCUGAAGUUUUAGAUAAAGCUCCACGAAAUGCAUCAUAUACAUCACCAACAACGCAAAAACAAAUUUUGCACGUUUUGACAUCUAAAGUGAGGAACGCAAUUCGUGAAGAAAUUGGCGAUGCAAAAUUUUGUAUAAUAGUUGAUGAGGCACGAGAUGAAUCUAAAAAGGAGCAAAUGUCAAUUGUUUUGAGAUUUGUUAACAAGGAUGGUUAUCGUAAUGACCAAUUAAAAGCUGCUCAAGCAGUAAAUAUUGCUCAUUUACUUGAGAUUAAUGAGCUUGAGAGCGGAACAGGACUCAAUCAAAUUGGUGCUUUGCAAAGGACAGGUGACACUCGUUGGAGCUCUCACUUGAAAUCUAUUUCUACCUUGAUAAAAAUGUUUAGUGCAACAUGUGAAGUCUUAUUGAAUAUUAUUGAAGAUGGCACUACACAUUCUCAACGAGGAGAUGCAGAUACAGCUUAUGAGGCGGUAACUUCUUAUGAAUUUGUUUUCAUUCUUCAUCUUAUGAAAAACAUUCUAGAGAUUUCUAAUAUGCUUUGUCAAGCUUUGCAACUUCAAUCUCAAGAUAUUUUAAAUGCAAUGCAUCUUGUUUCAUCCACCAAGAUUCUCAUUCAAAAACUAAGAGAAGAUGGAUGGGAUAAAUUAGUUGAUGAGGUGAAAACAUUUUGUGAAGCUAUUAAUAUACCUGUGCCAGAUUUUGAUACUCAUUACACUGCAAGAGGAAAGGCCCGUCGCCAACAAGAUGGCAUGACAUUGAAGCAUUAUUACAAAGUUGAUAUUUACAAUGCAGUGAUAGACUCUCAAUUGCAAGAAAUAAGCAACAAAUUUGAUGAUAAUGCAAUGGAAUUACUCAUUCUUAGUUCAACUUUAGAUCCAAGAGAGAUGUGUGUAUCAUUCAAAAUUGAUGACAUAUGUAAGUUGGUACAAAAGUAUUACUCACAAGACUUUGAAGAAUAUGACAUGAUACAAUUAAGGAUGCAAUUUCAACAUUUUGAUCAUGUGCGGAAACUUCCUGAUUUUGCGAAUUUGGAAACUAUUUCUGAUUUAUGCCAAUGGAUGGUAAAGACAAAACGAGAAAAAGCCUAUCCACUUGUAUAUCGAGUGGUAACUCUUAUUCCUACAAUUCCAGUUUCUACAGCUACUACAGAACGAUCUUUUUCGGCUAUGAAUAUAGUGAAGACUACACUUCGCAACAAGAUGGAAGAUGAAUUUUUGACUGAUUGUUUGCUAAUGUAUAUUGAAAAGAAAAUUGCUGAAACAUUUAGUGUAGAUUCACUUAUAGAUGAUUUUCGUGACAUGCAAGAGAGAUGUUCUGCAUUUUAA